AUGAUUUCAACAAUCGGCACAACAACAAUUCAAACUACAGCACCAAACUCGCUAGUUAUGAAUCCAACAUCUAUGUUAGUAGAGAUGAAAAACUUCAUUCCUUCUUCAUAUACUUUCGAAACAAAAAUCCAGAAGAUAAAGCAAGAACUUUUAACAAGUAAUUUAGACUGUAGUGCGAAAGAUGAAACAAAUGAACAGUAUCUUUAUGAAAUGCAGGACAUUAUUGACCAUUUACCCAAAUUGCCUGAAAUCCAACAACAAAAACUAACCAUUCCCGAAUUUGACGAAAUAGAAGUCAAAGCAACUGACUCAGUAGAAAUAAAGAAGUUCAUACGAAAGGUAAAUUAUGAAUUCCUUGGUUUUCAUUGCAACCAUAAGGUUAUGGACAAAGAUUGCGACAUGGUAUAUAAGAACAUCUCUGACCUUUACAAAUCCGAAGAAUUUAAGACCUACGACAACUUUGUUUCAUUAGUUGCAAAAUGUGUUUGGGAAAUAAGAGAUAAAGAUAGUAGGG